AGCAACAAAAUGUUCGCUAAAGUAUUCAUCCUCGUCGCCAUCGCAGUUUACUUUGUAGCUGCUGAAGAAGUUGGCAUCCUUCAUCAAGAAUCCGAAAUCAACCAUGACGGUUCUUACAAAUACAAUUUCGAAAGCGAAGAUGGAACUAAGGUAUCUCAAAGCGGAUCACUGAAAACAGUCAACGACAAAGAAGUUCAAGUUGCUGAGGGUUCCUUCACUUACCAAGGAGACGACGGUAAAGAAGUUAAGGUACAAUACGUAGCUGAUGAGAACGGAUACCGUCCAAUUGGAGACAACAUUCCCGCAUCCAUUGUGAAGAAUUUGGAAGUUUUGGCUACGGCCAAACCACCAAAAGAACAAUAAAACUUCAUUUUAUAUUGAUUUGAUUCAAUGCAAAUGUUCAGUAAAAUGAUUACAAUAUAGAAUUUACCUGAUUUAC